UAAAACAUUAUUAUUUCUACCCAAAAACCGUGAUAAUCCGCAGAGGGAAGACUGGCAUAAUUUUAGCUUUGGGUGAUUUGGCAACUCUGCUCUUUACAUAACAAGAAGAAGAAGAGGACCAUCGGCCCCACCACACCGGGAUUUAGAGAUUAAUUGCAUUUUUAACGAAAAUAAUGGCCAGCACACAAUCUAACGACGCCUGCAGCAUAUGCGAAAAGGUGGGCCUGAAGCCCUUCACCCGAGAUAAUGUGUUUAACUACUACAUACCGAUCCACGGCCUGGUGAGCUACGGAGCCCUAGCGGUGAAUGUUAUGAACCCCCAGAUCGUGCCCAAGAUCCUGCCCAAGAAGGACCUGACCAACGUCUUCCUUAUCUCCGCUGUGGUGGGCAGUGCCUUCUACAUUUACGGCAGGCCCCAUCUGAAGGACGUGAAGAAUAACAAGCGAGGAGCUUACGCUCUGCUGGGUGCCACCCUCUUCUCCAUGGGAUCCGUGCUGGCCUGGGCGCUCAUCAAGUCCGCCUUGCCCCAGGAUAACGCCCUGCUCGCGACCUUGGCGGGAUUGGGAACAGGAGCCGCCAUCGUCAAGGUCGGCACCGAUUACAUUCAGGACGUGGACAAGCUAAAGAAGAACUAGAUGAUCAAUGGAUCUAGAUGAACUGAUGGAACCCAAGCUCUGGGUUCGUACUGUAAUUGCUGUCUUGGCCGUACAUAGCUCGUAAUGCAAUAUUAUCUCCCGCAUAUUUGAAUAAAAUUAUACAAUAAACCCGA